UCUGAAGUAACAACAGCGCCGUGUGGGCUUUGAUACUCUAGCAUUAGCUGCGAAUAUAAAGUUCCGACAUCUGCACCUUUCUUUUCCUAUCAUGCUACCCCACACUCUUGCCAACAUUGAUUUCACACCCCGCACCCCGCACCCCGCACACCCCGCAUUCCAGGCUUUAUCUGCUGUGGCAGGCCUCGCUCCCUAGAGAGCAUACGUCAAACAUGGUCGUCGACAAGUCGUCUGUCGAAUUUGUCGAGGACAUUCAACCGCCACGCGAGGAUGGUAUCUCAGCUCAGAAACAUGCUGAGAAUGAUGCCGACGACAUUGCUGUCCGUGAUCUCAAGGACAUCGAGGUUACGCUUGCGACCAUAACGGUAACGCACAAGCCUAAGCUGUUCUCCAAGGGAAUGCUCCGGCUAUGGGUUAUUUGCGCCUUUUGCUACCUAUGUGCCACUAUCAAUGGCUACGAUGGAUCCCUUAUGGGCAGUCUUAAUGCUAUGGACGAGUAUCAGAAGACAUUCGGGCUCGAUGGUGCCGGUCCAUCCACUGGGCUCAUCUUCAUUAUCUACAGUCUCGGUUCCCUUGCCGCACUCCCAUUCUCUGGUUUUCUUUCCGAUACUUGGGGGCGGCGUCUUACUAUCUUUGUUGGAUGCACGAUUAUCCUCCUGGGUACCGGAAUUCAGACGGCAGCAAACCACCAGCCAAUGUUUAUUGCCGGUCGGUUCAUUCUGGGUUUCGGCGCCGCAUUGGCCCAGGCAGCUGCUCCGGUCUACAUCAUUGAGAUUGCUCAUCCUUCAUACCGUGGCAUUCAGGGUGGCAUGUACAACAAUUUUUGGUGGGUUGGAAACAUUAUUGCUGGAUGGACCACCUACGGCUGCAACCAGACCCUUAAGAACAGCUGGGCAUGGCGUACACCUGUAUUAGUUCAGUGCUUCCUACCCAUCAUCGUCAUGGGCUGCGUAUAUUUCUUUCCUGAGUCACCUCGUUGGCUGAUUACCCAUGACCGUGAGGAAGAAGCUGCUGCGAUCUUCGCCAAGUACCAUUGCGACGGUGACACCAACCACCCACUUGUCUCUCUUCAAGUUGACGAGAUCCGCGAACAGAUGGCGCUGCACCGUGUAGAAAAUCCCGGCUGGGACUUCCGUGAGCUUUUCGACUCGCGCGCCUCCCGGUACAGAACUCUCAUGGUAAUCUGUAUGGCCUUCUUUGGUCAGUGGAGCGGCAACAACGUCGUCACCUCUUUCCUGCCCGCCAUGCUCAAGACCGCCGGCAUCCAAAGCUCCUCUACGCGGCUGCUUCUCAAUGCUAUUAACCCCUUCUUCUCCCUCGGUGGUGCUAUCUAUGGUGCUACGCUGCUCGACAAGCUCGGUCGUCGCAAGAUGCUCUUUUAUGGCCUCUUCGGAGCCAUGCUGUCAUACGUCGCGCUCACCGCACUUACAGCCGAGAGUUCUAGCAACCCGAAUUUGGUUUACGGUGUUAUCGUCUUCAUUUAUCUUUUCGGUAUCUCCUUCGCAUGGGGGUGGACGCCACUACAGGUUUUGUACCCUGUGGAGUGUUUGGAAAACCGGACACGCGCGAAAGGUGCUGGACUAAAGUAUAUCUUCCUUAAUAUCGCAUCCAUGACCAAUACCUUUGGAAUCUCGGUGGGCAUUGGAACAAUUGGCUGGAAGCUCUACCUCGUGUUCAUUGGCUGGCAGAUUGUUGAGUUGUUUGUUGUCUUCUUUUUGUUUGUCGAGACGGCGGGCAAGACAUUGGAGGAGAUGACGGACAUCUUUGAUGCGAAGAACCCUGUUCUCAAGAGUUUGGAUAAGAUUACUUAUGAUGAGGAUGGAAAGAUUGUGAACGUCGAGCCUGCUACGAGGUACAGACUAUAAAUACUCCAGUUGGCUCUUGAGCCGACUUUAUAUUAGUAGUUGGGUCUCUAGUGGGAUCUAGAAGCGUUGAAAGGACAG